UUCUUCAGUAUCCCGAGCACCUCAAGUUCUUCCCCAUUGUUCCCCACCCAAAGAAAAUUUAUUGAACUACUGAACAAAAGAGCAUAUCACUCAGUUCUCUUGUCUGAAUUUCUGAUCACAAGGGCCUAUCUCAGUUCUCUUCCAGCAUUUUUUUCUGCGUACAGAGAAAAUGGGAACAUCCAUAUUCACUAGCUGUAGCUUUUCCUGGAGAAAUCAUCAGCAUAUCAUUCCUUCUCACCGUUUUCUUUCUCAUUCUUCGCUGGAUAAGGGUUUAUCGGUAGCAAAAGCUGCUGUAGAUACAAGACAGAAUGGUUGUGUUGAAUUUGUUGAUGAAGAAACUGAGAAGUUCUCUGGGUUUUUGAAGAGAAGAUCCGCUAUUGUUUCUGGGGUCUCUUUGAUUUCUUCCACAGUUUUGGGUUUUCCAAGAGAGGGAUUGGCAGUUGUGAAACAAGGCCUCCUAGCAGGAAGGGUACCUGGUCUAUCUGAGCCAGAUGAACAAGGUUGGAGGACAUACCGGAGACCGGAUGAAAAAUCUGGAGGCCAUGGUGUUGGAUGGAGUCCGAUUAUUCCUUACAUCUUUUCAGUCCCUUCUGGUUGGGAAGAGGUUCCUGUAUCAAUUGCAGAUCUAGGUGGGACAGAGAUCGAUUUGAGGUUUGCCAAUUCUAAGGAAGGGCGUUUAUUUGUCAUUGUUGCUCCAGUUCUCAGAUUUGCAGACAAUCUUGGGGAUGAUGCUACAGUUGAAAAAAUAGGACCUCCAGAGAAAGUGAUCGCUGCUUUUGGACCAGAAGUGAUUGGGGAGAAUGUAGAAGGAAAAGUCUUGAGCAUGGGAGUAGUGGAGCACUCAGGAAGAACAUAUUACCAGUUCGAAUUGGAGCCACCUCAUGUUCUUAUCACAGCAACUGCAGCGGGAAAUCGCCUUUACUUGUUCAGUGUAACUGCAAGUGGUCUUCAAUGGAAAAGACAUUACAAGGAUUUAAAAAAGAUAGCUGACUCUUUCCGUGUUGUCUAGUCGAGAUAUUUCUAUGAAUUGAGGGAGCAUAAAUAUAAUAUCCUUCUCCUACAAUGAAAUUUACAACAAAAAAAUUGCAUGUAUAGAAAAAUAGAAUUCAUUUUUGAACCACAUAUUUUUGGUUCACAUUGAAUCUUGGGAGAAGCUUUGUAGAA